AUGGAUCCAAGCAUUUAUGCAUUGGUCCUUGAUACCCUUAAUCGUGCAACAAGUCAGGACACAGAAAUUUUGAAACCGGCUGAAAAGAAGCUGCAAGAAUGGGAAAUUGAACCUGGCUUUUAUUCUGUUUUGCUGGAUAUUCUAUCUAACCACUCAAUAGAUAUAAAUGUGAGAUGGCUAGCGGUUAUGUGCUUCAAGAAUGGUGUCGAUCGGUACUGGAGAAAGAAUGCACCGAAUGCAAUUACAGAUGAGGAGAAGCAGAAGUUAAGACAGGGUCUCCUCAAUACUAAUAUACUGAAUGAACCCAUUACACAAAUUGCAACUCAGCAAGCAGUUUUAAUUUCUAAAAUAGCUAGGUUGGAUUGUCCUGCCCACUGGCCUAACCUAGUGCCAGACCUUGUUGGAGCUCUGAAAGCGCCCCAACCCCUGGUGCAACAUAGAUCUCUACUGAUAUUCCACCAUUUGGUCAAAGCUUUAGCUUCCAAGCGGUUGCUUGGUGACCGGAAAGUUUUCCAGGAACUAACCAACUCAGUGUUUGCAUUCAUACUUAAUCUAUGGCAUGAGAACACAGAAUUAUUCUUGAGACAUAUACAAGAAGGAGCGGCUACUGAGUUGAUCACUGAGCAUCUGGAGAAGGCCUUACUCUGUCUAAGGAUAUUAAGAAAGCUUACAGUUUUCGGCUUUAAGAAGGCACAUGAAAGUCAGGAUGCUGUUGCAUUCUUGAAUGUGGUUUUUGACAGAGCUAAGACCAGUUUGGAGUGCAGAAAACUUCUUAAAGGCAGGGGCAUUUAUCCUUUAGAGCUGUGCGAAAAGUUCAUAAUCCACCUUACUAAGGUUGCUCUUGGAGUCCUCGGGCACCACCCCUUCUCCUAUGUGCCUCUGAUCAGACCCUCACUAGAGUUUGCCCUUUACUAUUGCUUCACUGAACAAGGCAUGGCGCUCAUUUACGAGAGGUUCACUAUACAAUGCCUAAAUAUUGUGAAGGGGAUUUUACAGUGUGCUGAGUAUAGGUUGCCAAAGGGAGUUGAGCCUGUGAGAGAGCCUUUGACACUGCAAGCUCAUCAAGCCAAGAUGGAGGUGUUGGAUCAGAACACCGUGUGUCAUAUGUGCCGGCACCUGGUCACUCACUACUUCGUCCUCAGCGCUGAUGACUUGGCGUUGUGGGAUGCGGAGCCCGAGAGCUUCGCCACCGACGAAGCUGGGGAGUCCUGGAAGUACAGUCUUAGGCCGUGCACUGAAGCGCUCUUCAUGGAGCUGUUCCAGUUCCGUAACGUACUAGCUCCAGAGUUGGUACGCUUAUUGGCAUCUCUACAGCAGAGGCCGAUUCUUCCGGAUGAUCUUCCCUCUAUACUGAAAAAGGAUGCCAUAUAUAACGCAGUGGGACUCGCAGCUUUCGAUUUGUAUGACGAUGUGGACUUUGAUGAAUGGUUUACGAAUGUUCUUAGUCAAGAGCUGAAAAUCAAAGAUAACAAUUAUAGGAUCAUAAGGAGACGAGUAUGUCAAUUAAUUGGUCAAUGGUGCGGCGUCCGUGCUUCUCAAUCGUUAAGGCCGGCCAUGUACGAGGCACUAUUGGAGCCAUUGUCUCGACCGGACGAAGACGCCGCUGUGAAACUGGCGGCCGCUGAAGCUCUACGCAGCACCAUCGACGAUUUCAACUUCGACGUAGAACAAUUCGCUCCAUACGCGCCUCACGCUAUCGCAGCGCUUUAUGAGCUUUUGGUGGAAUCCGAGGAGUGCGACACUAAAAUGCACGUCCUCCACGUGGUGUCGUACAUAAUGGAGCGGUGUGGGGCGAGCGUGGCGCGCGGCGGCGGCACCGGCGCACUGUUCGCGUACCUGCCGCAGCUGUGGAGUCACGCCGCCUCCGCCGCUCACAAUAUGUUGCGAGCCGCCGCGCUCGCCACCACCGUGCACCUGCUCAAGGCGUUAGGAGAAUGUCCACUAAGCAUUAGGCCUUGGAUACUAAGUGUGGUGAACGAAUCGACGCGUCUGACUGAACCGGCGCACGUGUAUCUCCUAGAAGAUGCUCUGGAAUUGUGGCUUGCUAUACUGGAGACCUCUCAUACUUCAGAUCCGGUUCUUUUACAGUUAGCGGACAACCUAUAUCCUAUACUGGAACAGUCAUCGGAGCACCUACGUAUAGUUGUAUACAUAAUGCAGGCGUACACUCUCUUAUGUCCAGAAGAGUUCUUAACAGGCGCCGGUGGAAAAUGUAUGGCCUUAUUAGAUGAUAUGUUAGCGGACAUGAGAACCGAAGGUGUAAUAACCACAUUAAAGAUGGCGGAAAUAUGUGUCAGUGUCACUUUCCCAGAGAGAAACGCAUUGCUUGGUGUGAAAGUCAUCUGGCCUAUUUUAAUCAGGGUUAUACACUCGCUGUUAGAAGGAGAUGACCUGCCAAUGGUAUUGUCGGUACAACUGUGCUUGGUUUCAAGAGUUAUACUGCUGUCUUCCGACCUGUUCUACAAAGCCGUGCAAGAGGCGGCGAACGGUCUUGCAGAAUACGAUUCCGACCCAUCCAAAUUAUUGAACAGAUUACUACUAGUGUGGACCGAGAAAAUGAAUAUGGUGACGCAGGUAGAAAGGUGGAAGGUUGUUGGACUCGGUCUCGCUGCGCUGUUGACAACUCAGAACCCGACGGUAUUACAGCGAUUUCCGGCGAUACUGCUCAACUUGACCGAGGUGUUGAAUGAUGUUAUGAAGACUGAAGAUAAUGGGACUUAUGUCGACGGUCUGGUGGCUGCUCCGGGGUCUCGGCCGGCGUCCCCGCUGGAAGGUCGCGGGGGCGCGGCGCGGUGGGGGACCGCCCCUGCCCCUGACUCCCCACACGAAACCCGCCGCCGCCGCCUUGCCGCCGCGCAUCCCGCGAGAGUACUCGACCUACGCGCCGCUACACACCACCAGUUGGAAACAUUGAAAAGUCAGGUGGGUCCGGAAACGUUCGAGCGUCUAUUGCAAGCGACUGAUCAAGAUACGCUUCAGCAAAUUAGGGAGUACAUACCGCUAUGA